ACUCAUCUGAGGAAUUAUCGGAUCCUUGCCGAAGUGUUAGAAGAUGCUGAAUCGUGGGUAGAUGGACCAUGUUAUAAUAACUUAAACAAAAGAAGAAAGAAUAACCAGAAGUGUCCUGAUGAUCGGUCUAAAAAGCCAAGAACUUCAUAAAUGUUGCCCUUUGUGGAGCAAAAAGAUGCUGUUUUGGAGAAGAGUUUUGAAGAAGAGAGAUUAAAUUGUUAUCACCAGAAAAAUGAAUUGGUUUCAACAACACUGCAAUCCCCUGCUUUGGCGGCUAGUAGUCAAUUGUUAUUCAAAGCAGGAAAUAUGACUGAACCACUUAAACCACCAACGAGUGCUGCUGCUUAUUACGUUAUGAAGCAUCAGUCUAGAUUUGGUGAACGUACUCCUUGUGAAAUCGAUUUUGUUUGGCUAAGGUUGUCUGUGGAACAGAGGAAGAAGUGCAUUGAAGAGCAUUCAAAGAAGUAUGAAGAAUAUGUUAUUGAUAUGUUCGAAUUCGCCAAGUCAUUGAAUCCAGCCGAACUCAGAUCUUUCCAAAUAUUUAUGAAGAAUCGAGCUCGAGGUCUGGAGGAUGGAGAUAAAAAUAGUAAAUCCAUUUCCGCAUCUUUAAAAUCCUCAGAGGGUUCCAGUGAUUCGCCGUCCAAAGAAUCCGCGGCAAGUGUUGAUGCGAAAUUUGCCAAGUCACCUUCGAAAAUCCAGCCAUCUGUGAAUGCCAAUGUGAAGUCAUCAACAGAAAAAGAGGUGGCUAGUCAAUCGUUAUUCAAAGCAGGAAAGAUGACUGAACCACUUAAACCACCAGCGAGUGCUGCUGCUUAUUACGUUAUGACGCAUCAUUCCAAAUUGGGUUAUCUUACUCCUGCUGAAAUUAAUGCUCUUUGGGGAACGUUGUCUGAGAAAGAAAUGAAAAAGUGCAUUGAAGAACACAAAAAGAAGCAUGAAGACUACGUUCGGGACUUUGAAAAAUUCAUCAGGAUAUUGAAUCCAGCCGAACUUAGAUCUUAUCGCACAAUUAUGAAGAUCCGUGCUCGGGAUCAGGAGGAUGAAGUUCAAGAAAGUUCUGACGAGGAAAGUUCUGAUGAAGAAAGAAAUGACGAAGAAAGAAUGUUGUGAACCGACUAGUUCAAAUGAAACAAGUAACGCUUUCUGUGGCGAUGACCUUGUAAUUGCCUCAGAAGAAGACUAAACGGGCUGAAAAUGUACUAUUUAAAGUGUUUAAUUGAAGUGUUAAAUGUUUCAAAAGUACCUAUCAAAUAGUUAAUGGUCGUCAAAUUGCAUGGUGUUGCACAUCCGUUAAUUCAGGAUCUCUAUAGACCUUUAAAAUAAAAUGCUCAAACAAA